CGUUUGCUGACCACGUCGAGGAACCUCGGUGAUCGCUCGAGCAAGUUAAAAUGUGAAUGGACAACGGAACGCAAAGGUAGUGUAACCACGAAACCAAUAACAACGUUUCUAUGUGUUGUACCGAGAUAGCAUACAUGACGCAACGUUAAAGCAGCUCAACGGCUGUCCGUAAGCCAAACGCGAAGUACGAAGGCCGGAACGCGUGUCAUGGUCUUCCUCUUAUAUAAGUGCCGUUGCCACGGAAUUGCACACGGUAGUGUCAGCGCGCUCGUCACGCAGCGAGCACUCGCGCGGUAGAUAAACGCUCUCCAGUGUAUCGCGUAAUCGAGAGACUAACUCGAGCUGCAAAAUUUGCGGAGUUUGACUUGAAAUGAAUAUAACGUAACAUAACAGUGUAAGUACAAUAGAAGACGACGAUGAUUUUACUUAAAUUUGUGUCAAAUCCACAAGUUCGAUAAGAAUUACCUCGCAGAAAAGUGUUUUACAAGUGCCAUCGAAUCGAUUGAGUUUUUUCUGCCGAGUGACGUGUCAUAACGUUGCAGUACGAAUCGCAUUUCCUGCGAUAUUAAUAAUUGCUUCUUGAGAUAGGUGUGUUGUAACAAUUCGCGCGAGACCGAUAUUGCGUUGGAAACGCCAUAAAAAUGACUGGUGGCGCACACAAUAGAAGCAUAUUUACAUAUGACACGCUGGUGCACGCGAUAUCCGGCGCAGCGGGUAGCGUCAUCGCGAUGGCAGCCUUUUAUCCCUUAGAAACCGUGCGAAGCCGUUUACAAUUGGAAGAAGGACGCCAAUCGAAAAAUACAUUGGCGAUCAUGCGAGAACUCAUUGCGAAAGAAGGACCGUGUACGCUAUACAGAGGUAUUGUUCCCGUUUUGCAGAGCCUAUGCGCGAGUAACUUUAUUUAUUUCUACACAUUCCACGGACUAAAAGAGCUAAGAAGUAAAAGGGAUCAAACGGCUGGCAAUGAUUUGAUUCUCGCAUCAAUCGCUGGUGUUAUCAAUGUCCUCACCACAACACCCCUGUGGGUUGUAAACACGAGAUUGAAGAUGAGAGGCGUCGAACUUGUUCCAGAAAGAAAUAACAACGAAUAUACCACUCUGUGCGAUGGUCUCUUGCAUAUAUGGAAGUAUGAAGGUUUGAAACAGCUGUGGGCGGGAACAAUACCGAGUCUUAUGCUCGUUGCGAAUCCGGCCAUCCAAUUUAUGACGUACGAGAGUAUUAAGAGAAGGGUUAUCGAGACCUUUGGCGAUGCUCAACCGCCGGCAUGGAUUUUCUUUGUUAUGGGAGCGGUAGCGAAAACAAUAGCCACGUCGAUAACGUAUCCCUUGACGCUUGUGCAAAAUAAGUUGAGGCACGGGCACAAAUUUCCUAAUCUACCUCCGAAUGCAGGCACGUUGCAAAUACUAUUUCACGUUCUGAAGAAGCAAGGGAUAAGUGGCUUAUACAAAGGAAUGGAGGCUAAACUUUUGCAGACGGUCUUUUCAGCCGCAUUGAUGUUCCUGGCUUAUGAGAAAAUCGCACGCUUUGUUUUUCGAAUACUUUUGCAUAAACCUCAUCUAAGAUAACGGUUCAUUCCCAAUAACAGUAUUACGAAACAAGCUUGAGUCUCGACUUUUAAAUCAAAUUUUGUACAUUCCUACAUAUGUUAUCGUCUGUAUUGUAAUUUCACGGACAAAUAAAAUGACACUGAAUUUACUACUGUAAGUGA